AUGCAGGCCGAGCACGCCAAGACCAACGACAUCAGCAUCCCGCUCGUGCUUGUGCGCAAGUACCCGCACCUUCUCGAUGCCCCAUUCAAGAUGUGGCCCGGUCUCAACAUGUUUUGGCCGUCGUACUACCGCGUCUCGCACAUCGUCACCAACCACGCGGUAACGUACUCGGCGCCGGUCCAGCGCUGCGCGACGUCCGACAACGUCAUGAACGACAUUGACAUCUCGAUCAACUUCCAGGUGGACGACGCCGUCAAGUUUAUCUACCUCCUCGGGUUCAACGAGCUCAUCUCGCAGAUCACUGAGGAGGCGAUCCGCCUCGUGCACUCGGUGCGCCAUGACCAAGUCGACGACCUCCGCGAGGUGUUUGCAAGUGGCAGGAAGAAGGACCUCAACCAAAAGUUUAUCUACCUCCUCGGGUUCAACGAGCUCAUCUCGCAGAUCACUGAGGAGGCGAUCCGCCUCGUGCACUCGGUGCGCCACGACCAAGUCGACGACCUCCGCGAGGAGUUUGCAAGUGGCAGGAAGAAGGACCUCAACCAAAAGCUGCCGGAGAAGCUCUCGGGGACGCUCGAGCGCACGACGGCGUUCAAGACGAAGAUGGAGGAGCAGGAAAAGAAGCAAGAGAACGACAUGCGCAUCCUCGUCAGCGAAGAGACACAGCUUCUGACUGCGAUUCAAAAGGAGAUGAUCGCAAGGUCAAGGACCUCGUCGCAGUCCACAAGCGAACUUACUCGCCGCCAAAAGCUCCGAUUUGACGCCGAAGCCAAGAUGGAGGUGCUCUGUAUCGACCAGCGGUCGAUCUGCGACGCCAAGGUGCUUCGCGCCCGAGGCCAGAAGGACAUUGCGGCGGCCGCGGCGUCGGCCAUGGCCACCAAGCUGCGCAACGACGCGAUAACGGUCAAGGUCGAGAACGUCAAGCAGCUGGCGCGCAUCGACGCCGCCGUGAAAGCGGCCGAAGGCUUGCGCGCUGCGGCCGACACCGAGGGCAAGGCGGCAUCGCUCCUCGCCGCCAAGCGCGCAACCAAGAAGAACCACGUUGAAGUCGACCUCGUCCGGACGACCACGAUUGUGCUGUCGGGUACGAGUGGCCAAGCACUCGUGGAUCGGGUUUGCGCCAGUGACCAAGACUCUCCCGCGUACUAGCCUAGCAAAAGUCCUUGUGCUGGCUUCAACUCACUGCAUGAGAUCCAAUGAACGAACUAACGAAACCUUGUAAGGAUC